AUGGGAUCCCCUUUAUUCAUUCAUGUCUGUAAACUUAUGCAGGACAUCAAUGAAUCUCGUAGUGCUGAAGAUAAGAAACGAAUGGUUGGUAAAUUCUUUUAUGGUUGGCGACAACAAUGUGGUGAUCAAUUUUAUGGACUGAUGCGUUUACUAUUGCCUCAGUUGGAUAGAACAAGAUAUGGGAUCAAAGAAGCGAAAUUGGCUAAAGCAUAUAUCGAUUCACUGGGUUUAGGAGCUCAAUCUGAAGAUGCAUACAAUCUCUCAAAAUGGAAAUUACCUUCAGUGUCUAACAAAAUGAAAUCAUCUGGUGACUUCGCUUCAAUUGCUUCUGAUGUUAUUGAAAGAAGAUCUACCGUGACAACUCCGACUCAAACUGUUCAAGAUGUCAAUGAUUUAUUAGAUACAUUAAAUCGAUCUGAAAGUGAUGAUAAGAAGAAAUCGGAUAUCUUUAAAUAUGUGGUCAAUCACUAUACUGCAUUUGAACAACGUUGGAUCAUUCGUAUCAUACUCAAGGACUUAAAAAUGGGCAUGUCUGAAAAUUCUAUAUUUGAUGUCUAUCAUCCUCAAGCACGUGAACUCUAUAGUGUCUGUAGUAAUCUCAAGAAAGUAUGCGAAGACUUACGCAACCCAACCACAAAACUAGGAAAAACGACAAUUUCUCUUUUUAGGCCAUUCAAACCUCAAUUGGGAUUCAAGGGACAGAUCAAGGAUUGUGUACAUGUUAAACAUAAUGGUAUAUUUUAUAUAGAAGAAAAAAUUGACGGAGAACGUAUGCAGAUGCACUAUGAACAAUCAACUCAAAAGUUUCAAUGGUACUCAAGAAAAGCAACGGAUUAUACGGAUCUUUAUGGUGCAAGUCCUACUGAAGAAGGGAAAUUGGCGGCCGAAAUUGUGGACUCCUUACAAAAGGCAAAAAGUUUGAUUCUGGAUGGUGAGAUGGUAGCUUAUGAUCCUAAAUUGGAUGUGUUCUUACCUUUUGGUACCUUGAAAUCUUCAGCAAAAGAUGACUCUUUGGAACUUGAUAAGGCUCGGCCUUGUUUCAUUGUAUUCGAUGUUGUCUUCUGUAAUGGUUCCCCUUUAGUGGAUUAUCCUCUUUCUGACCGUCUUAAAGUUCUCGAAAGUUUGGUGAAACCGAGAAGGGGUUAUAUCAAUAUAUUGGAGCGCAAGGAAAGAACAACAGAACAAGAUAUACUGAACGAAAUGAAUAAAGUGGUUGAACAACGACAAGAAGGUAUUAUGCUCAAGAAUCCUGGUGCUCGAUAUGAACCUGGUGAACGAAAUAAGACUUGGAUCAAGAUCAAACCAGAUUAUUUCGAUUCUCUUGGUGAAAACUGUGAUUUACUUGUGGUUGGAGGAAAAUACGGAGCUGGACGUCGUGGAAACAAGAUUGCUCAAUUCAUGUGUGCAUUACGGGAUGAUCGAAAACCUGCCUCUGAUCCACCUCAUUUUGUAUCGUUUAGUAUGAUUGGUACUGGUUUUUCUUUUGAUGAAAUUAAGGAAUUUGGGAAAUUCUUUCAAGAUAUUCGAAAAUAUAAUCCAAGAAAUCUCCCUUCAUGGUUGGAUCAUCCGGAAAGAUCAACGGAAGCUCCUGAUGUCCUGGUGAAUGAUUAUCGUAAUGCUGUGGUAAUUGAAGUCAAAGCUUCUGAAGUUGUAUUCUCACAAAUGUGGGGUGCUGGUGCUACUUUGCGAUUCCCAAGAUUCAUUCGAUUCCGUCAUGACAAAUCAUGGAACGAUUGUAUGACCUAUUCAGAAAUUAUGCAAGUUCGACGAAGUAUUGAACACAAAACACAAACCUAUACACAAAACGAUUUCUCGUUUAAUGUGACCAAGAAGCAGCGAAAAUCACCAUCACGGCCUAUAAAAACACCGUUACGUCUUGCAUCAAGCCAACAAGGAGUGGAAACCGGACAUAUCAACCAAGUGUCCACUUUGUUUGGAGAUCUCAAAUUCUAUGUGAUUAAUGGCAUAAACAGUGUUAUCACAAAAUCUAAAUUGGAAUACAUGAUCAAAGAAAAUGGUGGAGACUUUAGACAAACGGAUAGCAAUGUCGACUUUGUGAUUGCUGGCAAACAUAAUAUACGAGUGGACAGUUUGAUUCAUCUUAAAACGUGUGAUGUUAUUCUUCCUCAAUGGAUUCUGGAUUGUAUUGAAACGCAAAAGCUCAUUCCUAUUGCUCCCAAAUAUAUGUUAUUUACCACUGACAAGACUGAACAGGAAUUUAUGAUGAGAAUGGACAAGUAUGGAGAUCCAUAUACGGAGGAUGCCACAGAUCAAAGUUUGAAAGAGAUAUGGGACAUUAUUCCAAGCACAGCAACGGUUAAGGAUGUGGAUGAAAUACGACAACGAUAUUUUAGUAGUGAUGGUAUCCCUGGCAUGUUUUUCUUUGGUGUACGUGUCUAUUUUUAUCCUCAACCCCAAGAUCAUAAUACGAACAAUGAUAGUAAGACAAUAACAUGGGUCCAACAACAACAUCAAUGUGAUAUAUUCAAGAGAAUGUCAUUUUUGAUCCGGUUUUAUGGUGGAACUAUAGUCAUGGAUGAACGAGACAAAACAAUCACCCAUGUUAUCAUGCAGGAAGAUGAAACUAUGGAAAUCAUUUCAAAGGCGACAAAGCAAUUGAUAACGGAUCCGAUCAACCCCCCUUAUUUUGUGACGACAAAAUGGAUUCAACAAUGUGUUGAUAAUCAAACCAUCAUCGAUGAAGCUCAAUACGAUGUCAAACUUCCAAGCCGGUACCAGAUAUAA